GUCUCGCACCAAUCAGCUCUCUCGCACACCCAUAGCUCUCACCAACACCAACACCAACCCAAAGAUGAGCACGCCCGGGUCCCUCACCAGCGGCGAAGACGUCAUCAUCCAGCAGCAAGCCGACGGCUCGUGGAAGGAGUUCGACGGCAUGAACGCGGGCCACCUGUUCGGGCCCGGCGCUAGGCCGUCGUUUAUUGUCCGUAAGUACGCCCUCAAUGGAGGGACGGGCGUCGAUGCGUUCAGAGUGCGGCUCUCUCUUUCUCUCUCCCCUUCUCUCUAUGAUAGACAUCUGUGAUACCUGGUACUGCACUUCGCGAAGGGGGCAGAGCGGCUGACCGCACCGCAACGGUAGGAGUUCUGCGAGUGGAUGAGCACCCGCAGCAGCAGCAGUGGCGGGCAGAAGCCCGAAGAACAGCUGUCUAGCAGCUCGACCAGCAGCAGCGCCAACCCACCUUCGCCUUCACCUUCGCAGCGGUACAAGCUGAUCUUCUACACGCCGACCUCAGCGCUCGAGCGGGUGAAGACCGCCAUCUUCGCGGCCGGCGGGGGAACAUACGCGGGCGAGGCGUACACCAGCUGCAGCUUCGAGAGCACGGGGACGGGGCAGUUCCUUCCGAUCGCGGAGCGGGGCGCAAACCCCACCAUUGGCAAGCGGGAGCCCGGCGAGGAGAAUUACCGCCUCGAGAGGGUCUACGAGGUCAGGUGCGAGAUCAUGUGCAUAGGCGAUGAGACUACGAGGGGGGCUGUUGAGGCUUUGAAAAGAACACAUCCGUAUGAAGUCCCCGCGUACGAGGUCUACAGGAUGGAGGACUUUUGAGCUGGUGCGUGCGUGCGAGGAGGCGGUGCUGGGUGGUGGUGGUGGUGGUGGUGGUGGUGGUG